AUGUCGUUCUUCGGCUUCGACACAACCCUUCCUAGGGACCGAGCUCCCCAGGGCGGACAGAGGGGGAUUUUCGACACUCCCGACCCGUUCGCUGAGGUCGCCCGCGCCCAAGCAGCGGCGCACCAUAACGACGACGACAAUGUCCUCAGUUUUGAAGAUACCUACGAUGGCCUUGGAGACCAGCUGGACGAGGAUCAGGAUGCCUUCAACCAAGAUACCUUCGGCGAGGUGGACACCGCCCCCGUCGGCAAAGACUUCGACUUCUUUGGGAAGACGGCGCAAGUCUCAGAUGUUAUCGGAGAAGAACAAGUCCGUUUCAACCUGCAGAAUCCUCAAGCACCUGCCGCUGCUCCUGUCACCGAAACCAAGACCACCGUAACCACCGACGUAAGCGCGUUACAGCAGCCAAAGCGAACAGGAUAUGAAAAGUAUAAUGAUCCCGGCUAUAUUCCGGAUCUGCAGGCCAAGUCCAGCGUCUGGGGCCUGCCGAACAAGUCAGAACAACCGGAGCUUCAAGCUAUGUCGCAGACAAGAAAGAUGAUGAGUCUCGAGGAGGUUGAAGCGCAAAUUCGGGGCCAUGGUGUUCCGCCGAUGCCAGGUGGACAUCAAAUACCGCUACUACCUCAGCAAAUUGCCGAGCCCCCUCUUCCUCUCCAGAGGCCUCAGCAGAUUCCCAACCUUCCCGAAGGUUUCUCGCAUGUGCCACCUGAAUAUCUGUCAGCUCAGUAUGGAAGGGGUGUGCCGCCGCAGUUGUUGCAUCCACAGGCAAUGGGCCCGCAGCCUUUCCCUCAUCCGGCUCAUGCUCCUGGCGCCCCCAUGCAUAUCCUUCAAAAUCCUAACGCUCCCCCGCCACACAUCGCGCCUCCACAACCCCCGGCGAUGCCGCUGCGUGGUCAGCAUCCACAACAGGCCCCGCAGCAGCAGCCGGUGCAACCCCCGCAACAACAUGCCCGGGGACAAAGUGCGCAGUUGCCGUUGAUUACCAACCCACAGCAGUUGAUGGAUCUCACGGAAGAACAGCGCGUAGCGUACCUCGUGGAAGAUGCGAAACGUGCAAAGCGAAAUCACAAGAUCUUCCUUCUAUCCAAGGGCAACGGGCUGAUGACCCCCCAAGAUAAAAAUUUCAUCACCCGUAUCCAGCUACAACAACUGGUGGCACAGGCUGGAAACAUGGCUGACACCGAUUCCGAGGCUGUUUUGGCAGAAGACUUCUAUUAUCAAGUGUACAGCCAAAUUCGAGGCGCACCACGGCAACACCCUCAUCAGCCUCUCGGCCACUUUGCACAGACCUAUUUGCUGCAGACUGGCAAUCGCGUCGGUGGCCAUGGAUCCCGCAAGCACGCUCACAGUGGGGAUAAUCACAUGCAGCGUAUGCAGCAACAGGUUCAACGUGCAGUGGAGGCUGCCAAAGCGAAGCCGAAGAACAAGCAACUCAUUAUCGAAGGUAGCUUAGGGAAGAUUUCAUUCGGAAAUGCUAAAGCACCGAAGCCCUCGCUUAACAUCAAACGUCCCGAGAGUUCGGAAGGCGGCAAGUCUACCAAGAAGUUACAGACGGAUCUAAGCCUGAGUGACCGCAAGUCUAUCUUGACGAACCUCGAGGGAGUCUACAGCACUUUGAUGGAAUUGGAAGACAUGGAGCGCACGAUGCCUCCCCCACCCGAUGAGAACGAUCCCGAAACAAUCCAAACACACAUGGAGUGGCGUCAAAAAGUCCGCUCGCUCAAUCAAAAACUGUGGCAGAACCUGAAAGUCAUGGAGGCUAUUGUACCAAACUCCAACACCCCUCAUCCGUUUAUUGCGUUCCUCUCUUACCCCAAGGGUAAGAAGGCCAUUCCACGCAUAUUCCGUCAUAUCGAUCAGGAACAGCGGAUCACCAUUCUCACCAUGAUUGUCGUGCACCUUGACACUCUGGACGUUGUUCAGAGAGCGCACCCUACGCCCGGCGAGCUCCAGCCAUCCCUAGCCGUGAGGGAAGCCAUCGAUCUAUUUUCCCAAGCCGUUAUGCCAAGCCUCCUUGGUUACGUUAGCGAGGCGCCGUUCAAUAUCAUAAUCGGACUCCUUGGCCUGGUCAUUACACAGACCCAUGUGCAAUUUGUUGCUAGGACGCGGAUCGGUCUAGGAAUUUUAACUAUGCUCUUAAGCAGGGCAGAAAUUGUCAAGGAAGCUGGACAAGCGAGCGAGAAUGAUUGGCAACAAUGGGUCGAGAAAUUCAACGUAUUAUUCGAUACGCUCGAGCCUAUUUUUAGCGACAUUUUCCCUAACUCCAUCAAUGCUGGUGAUGAUAUGUAUGUCUGGCAAUUUUUGGCCGCUACUGGAAUUGGAGCAAGUCCGGAACAGCAACAGCGUUUGGUUAUCGCCGUCAAGGACCGCGUUAUGGAAACUGUCACGCACAGCAAGACACUUCCUGCUGACAUGGCUAGCCAACGGCUUGGAAACGUCAAUCUCUUCAUGCGAGCUAUCGGUUUGGAUGUUGAGCUUCUCGGUUAA